GUCGCUGUCGGACCAUGAGGAAGCCAAUCUACACGACCCAGACACAAUGACAGUAAAGGCACUUCGGGCUGUCUCCAGCGGUCAGAAUGGCGUCGGCGCCUUCAUCCUCCAGUGCAAGAAGGUGGAUUUGCACUAUUGCGACUGGGCGGGCAGCUCUCGGGGAAUGAACGGCUUCAUCAAGUCCUUACUGCCCAAGUUCGCCGCCGCAAACCCCCAGGUCGAGUUCGCCGUCUCCCCCCGACCAGGCAAGCACCCGGUCGUCAUCGGACACUAUAUCAACGGACGCACAAAGCCCAUAUGCGUGCGAAAUUUGUCUCCCUAUGAGAUUCUACAAAAGGUCGAGCUUUUGCGAGACGCGAGCGGCGAGAAGCUGAGGCGAACCAACAAGGCUGUGACGAGUACGAAGCCGAGUGUGAGAGGCAUCUGGUCCCCUUACCACGGCAAGGGCAUGGUGGUCUAGUAUCAUGAGCGGGGAGAAGAGCGGAGGGCAGGCACGAUUCGUCGCCGCCGUGUAUGUUUUACAUGUAUCAAGACGGAUUCAUUUGCAAGAGCAUAAAGCAGCAGUGUCGUGAGGACCUUGGUUUUGGGUCCAACAACGGAAGCAAGUCGUUUACAGAUAUCAAAGCCACUUUUAUAGCACAAACAAGUCACAAGACGAGUC